AGAGCGUCCACCGCGCAAGAUGGUGGCUCCCGAGACUCCGUGAUCUCCCACCAGCGGAGUGGAAAUAAACUUUCCGGGCUAAGUUAGAUGGAUGGUCCCCAUUAGCCUGGCGGGCUGCCCCCCUCCUGCCUCCCCACCGACUCCCCUUAUCAAAGGAGGUGCUUCGGUGUGCGGGGCAGGCUGGGGGGGCAAGAGCAUUUGGGUGGGGGUUGGGGGCGCCCUGCCCCUCGAGCAGGAAUGGUGCCCCCGGGGAAGAAACCAGCCGGAGAGGCUUCCAACUCCAAUAAGAAGUGCAAGCGUUACUUCAACGAGCACUGGAAAGAGGAGUUCACCUGGCUGGACUUUGACUACGAGCGGAAGCUGAUGUUUUGCCUCGAGUGCCGCCAGGCCCUGGUGCGCAACAAGCACGGCAAAGCGGAGAAUGCCUUCACUGUGGGCACCGACAACUUCCAGCGCCACGCCCUGCUGCGCCACGUGACCUCGGGGGCCCACCGCCAGGCUCUGGCCGUCAACCGGGGCCGGCCCACUUUUGAGGGCCAGGCUGAGGGUGGAGGGACCUGUCCGGGCCUGGCGACCACCCCCAGCUUCAGGGGUGUCAAGGUGGAAGCGAACCCGGCCAAGGUGGCCAUGCUGACCACGGUGUACUGCAUGGCCAAGGAGGACGUGCCUGACGACCGCUGCUCUGCCCUGCUCGAGCUGCAGAGGUUCAACCUGUGCCAGGCGCUGCUGGGCAUGGAGCACGGCGAUUACUACAGUCCCAGGAGGGUGAGGGACAUGCAGGUGGCCAUUGCCAGUGUCUUGCACACAGAGGCCUGCCAACGCCUGAAGGCAUCCCCGUAUGUGGGCCUGGUGUUGGAUGAGACCCGGGACUGGCCUGAGUCCCACAAUCUGGCCUUGUUUGCCACUUCGGUGUCCCCCUGCGAUGGCCAGCCUGCCGCCACCUUCCUGGGCAGUGUGGAGCUACAGGAAGGCGAGGCCACCGCUGGCCAACUCCUGGACAUUCUGCAGGCUUUCGGCGUGUCUGCAUCCAAGCUGGCCUGGCUCAGCUCAAGCCUCCCCAGUGACCGCCUGGGGAGCGUGGGCCCGCAGCUCCAGGCCGCCUGCCCACUGCUCAUGGAGCUACACUGCCUCCCCGGCCGGACAGAUCCCAAGCCCCCUGCCUACCUAGCAGGCCCGGCCUCCAGCACCCCCAGCCCCCUGCUGGCCUCCCUGCCCCUGGCCGCCAGGCCUCUGCAGCCCCCGCUGGACUUCAAGCACUUGCUCGCCUUCCACUUCAAUGGCGCCACCCCGCUCAGUCUCUUCCCCAACUUCAGCACGAUGGACCCGGUCCAGAAAGCUGUCAUCAGUCACACAUUUGGGGUUCCCUCCCCUCUGAAGAAGAAGCUCUUCAUCUCCUGUAACAUCUGUCACCUGAGGUUCAACUCAGCGAACCAGGCCGAAGCACACUACAAAGGCCACAAACACGCCAGAAAACUCAAGGCUGUCGAAGCCGCCAAGAGCAAGCAGAGACCGCAAACCCUGGCCCAGGAUGGGACGCCGGUGUCCCCAUCCCCGACUCCAGCCAGUGGAGCCCCUGAAGAGCCACAGAGCAAAGCAGUUCCUGCAGCCCCUCCUCCUGGUCCCAAACUCCAGCCACCCCUGAGUCCGGAACCCACGCCCAGGGAGCCGGCCCACUCAGACCUCUUGGAUGCUGCCUCCUCUUCCUCCUCUUCCUCUUGCCCACCCUGCUCCCCAGAGCCUGGGAGAGAGGCGCCAGGGUCUGAACCGGCGGCAGCUGCUGUGGAAAGUGGUGUGAGUGGGGAAGGCAGGAGCGAGAAGGGGCGCCUCUACUGCCCCACGUGUAAGGUGACCGUGAACUCCGCCUCCCAGCUUCAGGCUCACAACACAGGAGCCAAGCACCGGUGGAUGGUAGAAGGUCAGCGGGGCGCUCCCCGCAGGGGCAGGGGCCACGCAGCGCCCCGGGGAGGAGCUGGACACAAGGCCAAGAGAGUGACAGGGGUCCGCGGGGGCCGGCAGGGGCCCAGGCCCCCUUUCCACUGUGCUCUCUGUCAGCUCCAGGUCAAUUCAGAGACCCAACUCAAGCAGCACCUGAGCAGCAGGAGGCACAAAGACCGUCUGGCCGGGAAGCCCCCCAAGCCCUCCAGCCAGCACAGCAAGCUGCAGAAGCACGCAGCGCUGGCUGUGAGUAUCCUCAAGUCUAAACUGGCCUUGCAGAAGCAACUCACCAAGACGCUGGCAGCCCGCUUCCUGCCCAGCCCGAUCCCCGCCGCGGCGGCAACCAUCUGUGCCCUCCCAGGGCCCCUGGCCCUCCGGCCUGCGCCCACGGCAGCCACCCUCUUCCCGCCUCCGAUCCUGGGCCCAGCUCUGUUUCGCGCCCCAGCGGGAGCCGUUCGCCCUGCCACGGGACCCAUCGUCUUUGCCCCCUAUUAGCCCUCCUGGGGAGCCCGGGGCUGAUUUCCCAGCAGUUGCCCUCCCCCUCCUCCUCUCCCCAAGAUGCCUCGGUUCCCUACAUCCUACAGGAGACUGCCUUUUACAGCCUAGGGGUUCCUGCCCAAUCUAGGAAGAGCUGGGCUAAUGCUAAGAGCCCUUCACUCAAUCUGCACUGGGGAUUCAACUAAUGCCCCCCGCCGGCCCAAGGACCAUCCAUCUGCACCCUUCCCUUCCCCAGGCUUCUAGGGCUAGCCCUGGGCUCCCCUCCAUUUCCCAUCCUGAUUUAUGGGGAACAAACUGGAAAAUCCAAAGAUCUAUGCAAAAUCCUAGCCCCAGCCCUGUGGUGCUCUCAUUCUCCCACUCAAGACCUAUACUCACGUGGCCCGAGGUCCGAGGAAUCUUACCUUCUCCUAGCCCCGACCUCUAUUCCCAUGCCCUGGGGGCGGGGAGGGGAGGCCCUCCCCAUUCACUGGAUUCUCUAGAGAAUCACUGGUGUUGAGGUGGCCGUCUCUAGGGAGAAGCUAAGGGGACAGUCACAGCCAGCCCAACCACAGGGUCUCAAGAUGGAAUGGGUUCAAGGUUACCUGGACGAGCUGACCAUGGGGGUGUGGUGGAAGACUGUGGAGGAGGAAGGGAGCAGUGCUAAGUGGGGCAAAGCCAAGGGGUGGCUGGAGCUGCGAGCCUCUGGGGCUUUCCAUCCGCUCUGACAGGAUGGGGCUACAACGGGGGAGGCGAGGGUAAUGUGCUGGCCGGGCCCAGUUUUUAACAGAGGAAGUGACCAGUCCCACACACGUUCUCCCCUUAGCCUUUCAUUGAUUCCUCCUG